AUGGCGACUGAAUCAGCCAUUACAAUGCUGAAUCGCAAACGUGGGAAUAUAAAAGGACAGUUAAAGAAGGUUAUAUGUGAGGAUAAUAAAAUUUUCUCCGAGUUACAAGCUCAGUUGGAUGUGAUUUCGAAACUUCAAGAAAAAUUCGAUGUUCUAAAGGAAGAAUAUUACAAAAUCGUCAGCGAAAAAGAUUUUGAAGAAAUUGAAAAAACGCUGUCGCAGAUAGAUGAAGACUUGCAAAAUUCAGAGGAGAUGAUACAAAUGACGAUUCUCAAAUAUCUGAAAGAGAAUAUUGUGAGCCAACAUUUUAUGGCUACUCACAAGCGCGAUGCCACUGAAAGAUUUAUUGUUAGAUUACCCAUUAAGGAAGGCAAACGUUCUAGUUUAGGAGAAUCUAAAUCAAUGGCGAAAAGACGUCUAAAUUUCCUCUGGAACAAAUUGGACAAAAAUCAAACUAUGUCCGCUUUAUAUACGGCAUUCAUGGAUGAAUAUCUUGCAUUAAAUCAUAUGGAAAAGGUUACUUCAAAUUGCGAGAACUGUAGUGAAAAUUAUUACAUCCCACAUCACGCAGUAUUCCAACCAGAAAGCAUUUCUACCCCUCUUCGCGUCGUGUUUGAUGCGUCAGCUAAGUGCGCAAAUGGAGUAAGUCUCAACUCCUUAUUACUCAAUGGUGGAACUGUGCAGCAAGAUCUAUUCUCAAUAGUAACUCGUUUUCGAACACAUACAUAUGUAUUUAGCACAGACAUUACUAAAAUGUACAGGCAAAUUCUUGUCGAAGAAACUGAUAGAGAACUCCAGAGGAUUUUGUGGAAAUCAAGUUCGUGCUCACCUGCUGAAAUUUACAGACUGAGAACAAUUACAUAUGGUACAACAUGUGCCCCAUAUUUGCUCACUAGAACUCUAGAAGCUUUAGCUGAGGAGGAGCAAGAGUAUUUUCCCCGUGCUUCCGCAGUUUUACUUACCGACGUCUACGUGGAUGAUAUUUUAUCAGGUUCAAAAAAUUUAGGAGACACAAUUUCUUUACAAUUUGAAUUAAUAAAUCUAUUGAACAAGGGUGGCAUGCAGUUACAUAAAUGGGUUUCAAACCAUCCAGACUUGUUAAACGACAACAAGGCUACCGAAUAUAACUUUUCUUCAGAUUCCUUCAGAUUUCUUCAGAAGCUUUAG